AUUACAAGUCAAAACAUACUUCUCUGUGACGCUUGCUGGCCUGGGCCUUCUCAUUGUAGGAGCUGAGAUACUUCCGCUUCGCCGUCUACCCAACCAAAAGCCAUGCAUUCACGGUAUCAGCGACGCCGAUUUAUCUUUAUUUCCUAGUCUUGGGUUUCGUUUACUUCUGGAGGCAUUCUACUUUGCUAGAUUGUUAUCGUUCCCUAGACACCCUUCUCUGACUGCAGCAUCUGCAUGGCUUGUCAUCGCCGCUCGCCACGAUGACCGAAUCGGAUCACACCCGCUCUUUGCGAGAUCGGAUCAUUGAACUCUUUCGUCCCCCGGCGUCCGUUACCUUCUUACCUCGCAUGACGGUGCACAACAAUACAAUGGGCGAUUUUGAUGAGUCGGCCGGAAGCAAUUCAUCACAGGUCGACUCCCGAACUCCACUGCUAGGAUCGUACGACCGUCGAGAGCCUCCAUGUGGUAUGGGUAACUCCUGCAACCAUGGCACAUUCACUCCGAGGGUGGAGUCUGAUGACUGGCGUACAAAUGCUAUGCCAGAAUAUGGAGGCGAACGAUAUCCCAUAGGCAGCACUAGCCGGCGCUCUACCAGUGCUGCACCAAGCGCUCAGGGCUUAGAGAAUUUUCCAGCUGGAGCUUCGACACCGCUCACUAUAAAGUAUAGUAAAUCACAGUAUAUAUCGUAUUACAUUCCAUUCUUUACUUGGAUCUCUCAGUAUCGACUAUCGUACCUUCGCGGCGAUAUCUGUGCUGCCCUGACAGUCGCUUCAAUUUACAUUCCGAUGGGUCUUUCAUUAUCAAACAUCGCCCACGCACCUCCAAUCAAUGGCCUCUAUUCAUUCGUACUUCAGCCGUUCAUAUACGCAAUACUAGGGAGUUCCCCCUUGCUCGUCGUUGGCCCAGAAGCAGCUGGGUCUUUGUUGACUGGAGCCAUCGUCAAAGAAAGCGUCAAUCAGGGAUCGUCAGGAGAGGAUGACGAAGCCGCAAAUGCCAUAGUUGUGGGGGUAGCUACUGCGCUGGCAGGGCUUAUGAUCUUAGUCGCUGGAAUAUUCCGACUGGGUUUCCUAGACAACGUUCUCAGCCGGCCGUUUCUGCGAGGCUUUAUCACGGCCAUCGGCUUCGUUAUUUUCGUGGAUCAGUUCAUACCUGAGCUUGGUUUGGCGGCUGAAGCCAAGGCUGCUGGUGUUACACAUGGCAGCACCGUGGACAAGCUGCUAUUCAUAAUCAGAAAUAUUACUCACUCACAUAGCUUGACGGCGGCCGUUGCAUUCACGAGUUUCGCCAUAAUCAUGGUAUUUCGUACCCUCAAGAAGCUUCUUCAGCCGCGGUAUCCGCAGGUUAUUUAUUUUCCAGAUCGAAUACUUGUUGUUGUUAUCUCAGCAGUCCUAACCCAGCAGCUCAGAUGGCACGAGCAAGGGCUUGAAGUCCUAGGCCCAACUAAGAAUUCAGGCAAUGGCGUCUUCAAUUUCGAGUGGCCUUUUCAGCCAAAAUACGCAGAGUAUCUCCGCACUGCAUUGAGUACCUCCUUCAUUAUUGCAAUUCUCGGUUUUUUCGAGUCAUCUGUCGCUGCCAAGGGACUUACUGGCGUUGCAAGCGUGGGUGUGCAAGGAAUGCAAGUUAGCCCCAACAGGGAGAUGGUGGCGCUAGGAUUCGCCAACGUUGUCGGCGGAUGUUUUAUGUCUCUUCCUGCAUUUGGCGGAUAUGCAAGAAGUAAAGUUAACGCAUCGACUGGUGCGCGAUCGCCAAUGAGCAAUAUCUGCCUCAGCGUAGUUGCAAUCAUAUGCAUCAUGGUCCUUUUGCCGUAUCUUUAUUAUCUUCCGAAAGCUGUGCUGUCCUCCAUGAUCUCCGUCGUCGCCUACUCUUUGAUUGAAGAGUGUCCUCACGACCUAGCCUUCUUCAUCCGCCUCCGCGGCUGGUCUGAGUUAGCCCUCAUGCUCUUAAUAUUCCUCUCAACAAUCUUCUACUCUCUCGAACUCGGCAUUGCCCUCGGCAUGGGUCUGUCAGUACUAAUCCUCAUCCGCCACUCCACGAAACCUCGCAUCCAGAUCCUCGGUAAAGUAGCCGGUAGCGACCGCUUCGACAACGCUGAAUUACACCCAGAGAAUGUUGAGUCGGUCGAAGGUGCGCUCGUUGUCAAAAUUCCUGAACCUCUAACCUUCGCAAAUACGGGGGACCUCAAGAAUCGUCUCCGCCGAUUAGAGAUGUACGGUACGAACCGUGCGCACCCCUCUAUGCCGAGGAUAAGGCCUCCAGAGCAUAAUCGGAAUGUUAUUUUUGAUGUCCAUGGUGUGACAAGUAUUGAUGGUUCAGGGGCGCAGGUGUUAUAUGAGAUUGUGGAUGGGUAUGCGCAGGCCGGCACGAGAGUGUUCUUCUGCCGGGUUCCGAACCGAAGUGUGUAUCGUAUGUUCCAGCGGAGUGGGAUUGUGGAGCGGUGUGGCGGGAUGUCGCAUUUCGUUGGGCAUGUUGACGAGGCGCUUAAACUUACAGAUUCGGAGACGAGGCCGUUAAGUGCAUCUAGUGCUUGA